CUCCUCCUAUCUCAUGAUUCUCAUCCUUGCAUAUCAAUUCAUUUCAGUUGUCCUCUGUUUAUCAUCUCUUCCACAUAUAUAAAUCCAACAAUGAGCGACGAAGUAGCCCAUGAUUUCUAUCCCAUCAUCAGAGUAUACAAAGAUGGUCGAAUCGACCGACUCUGGGACACAUCCCCAGUUCCUGCAACUAUUGAUCCCCAAACCAGCGUUCAAUCCAAAGACGUCGUCAUCUCAACCACACCACUCAUCUCUGCAAGGCUUUACCUCCCUAAAUCCGCCACACCCGAGUCAACCGGCAAGUUCCCUCUUCUUAUUUACUUUCACGGCGGUGGCUUCUGCAAUGGAAGUGCCUUCUCUCCCACUUAUCACAACCACCUCAACUUAUUAGUCUCCGAGGCCAAUGUUGUUGCUGUGUCUGUGGAGUAUAGAUUGGUGCCGGAGCACCCUCUUCCGGCUGCCUAUGAGGAUUCAUGGGCUGCUGUAAAAUGGGUGGAAACCCAUUUCGCCGGAACGGGCCCGGAAGAGUGGCUGAACCAGCAUGCAGAUUUGAACCGGGUUUUCUUUUCAGGUGAUAGUGCAGGGGCUAACAUAGCUCACCAAAUGGGUUUGAAAGUUGGGACCGAGAAGUUGGUGGGUUUUAAGCUGAAUGGGAUUGUUCUAGUGCAUCCCUACUUUUGGGGUGAAGAACCAAUAGGGGGAGAGCUAGCUUUGGCUGAGAAUACUAGAAAGAUGUUGGCUGAUUUGUGGAGGUUUUGUUACCCUUUAACUAGUGGAACCGAUGACCCGUUUCUUAAUCCGGGUAAGGAUCCAAAGUUGGCGGAGCUGGGUUGUGGGAAAGUGUUGGUCUGUGUUGCGGAGAAGGAUUCGGUGAAAGAUAGAGGGUUGUAUUACAGUGAGGUCAGUGAGGUGUUGAAGAAAAGUGGAUGGAAUGGAGUUGUGGAGGUUAUGGAAGCAAAGGAGGAGGAUCAUGUGUUCCAUUUGAUCGAUAAUAGUUGUGACAAUGCUAGGACCAUGCUCAAGAAGGUUGUUUCUUUCAUGAAUUAG